AGGGAUCCUUCUAUGCCAAUCCCCUGGAGUGAUACCAUGGGCACUGACGAUGACGCAAAGAGUACCCCUGGGCGUUACCUACCAACAUUUGGCCCAAGAGUAUUCCCGAACUUCGGGGAGAAUUCAUGGCCUUGGGACGAGCCAUGUAUGGUGUGACUGUAUUACUAGCGCAUCAGAUUGAUCUCUUAUGCGAGAAAGACAUCCCUAAGUACAAGAAGGGGUCGCUGUAUGAGCUGAUUAAGAGCAGUUAUAAGGUCAAGGGACGUUUGUUGUACUACUUCCCGGUCGACAAGGGUGCUGAGGAUAAUUGGAUUGGAUGGCACAACGAUAGUGGGUUUCUUACGGCACUUACAAGUGCGCUGUUCUUCAACGAUGUCACUGGAGAGGUGAUUCCCAACCCUGACCCAAAUGGAGGCCUUUAUAUCGUCAAUCGAGCAGGAGGUACCAUCAAAGCAAGAAUCCCAGCCGAUAACUUGGGUGUGCAGUGUGGUGAGUGUCUACAAAUUUUCACAGGUGGACUGUUAGUAGCUACUCCCCACUGUGUGCGCUCGAGUGAACCACCCGAGGGUCUUAAGGUGGGCCGGGGCACCUUCCCUGUGUUUGUAGAUACACCGCCAGGAUAUAUUCUGCAACGACCUGAGGGAACAACGCUGGAGCAGGUGUUCGAUCAAGCCCCAGAUACGCGUGUACCGCCAUUGGCUGAGAGAUGGGAUGGUAGUGAUGUGACCUUUGGAAAGUUCCUAGGAGAUACGUUCAAGCAGUACUACGAAUGGUCUACCAUGGACAAGGGAGAUAUGGAGAAGAAGAUGGGACAUGCCAUGUAAUUUAAUUAAACGUGUAGUUUAGCUAGGUUUGAAUGUUAAUAUAUGUGUACGAGCUCGGCAAACAAAGUCGUGCAACGAUGCAUAGAUGAGGAAGAAGACGUUCUUUACAACUCAGUGAUGAAAUACGUUCACAAUAUACAGGAACACAGAGGCGAAUAGAAUAUAAGAAUAUAUAUCAAUAGAAUUAAAUGAAUAAAUG